AUGUUGCUCCGUCUGCCGCCUUUGUACCCAACCCAGCCACGAACCCAAGCUCUACAAGCAGCCUUUUAUGUUAUCAAUGCUCAUACUAGGAAAGCUGUGAAGAUGGUUCUUGCUAGGAAGAUCAACAAGAGACUCGUUGCUGAGAUCAACUUGGUGGCAUCGGCGUCGGGGCUUUCGCGAUUCAAGCGAGUAAUAAUGUCUUCCUCGGAGUCCGCUGUCCUGGGGAUUGUUAAUGAUCAGGUUUCGCGUGUUGAUCCCUCUGUGCUCCACUCGAUCCUCGCCGACGGUCAUAUCCCAAUGAUUGCCUCUGUGGCCGCGGAUGAGGCUGGGAAGGGUUAUAAUGUGAAUACUGAUAUAGCAGAUGGCGAACCUAUGGUAGCUGUUAGGUUUGAGAAGGUAGCCAUGCCAAGAAUGUGA